AUGGCUACAAGCAGCAAUAUUGCUGUGCUUAAUGCUCUUGACAAUGCAAGCAUACAAUGGUAUCAUGUCAACGUGAUUGUGAUUGCCGGAACGGGCCUUUUCACCGGUGCAUACGACAUGUUUUGCAUCCCUACCAUCAUCAAGCUCUUAGGCCGCCUUUAUUACCACGACCACUCCACGAAUAUGCCAGGAAGGCUGCCUCAUAAUGUCAAUAAUUUUAUGCUCGGAGUAACCGUGGUCGGGACUCUAACCGGCCAGUUAGUCUUCGGGUGGCUGGGUGAUAAACUAGGAAGGAAGAGAGUUUAUGGGAUUACCCUGAUUCUUAUGGCCAUUUGUGCUAUUUGUUCAGGCUUUUCCUUUGGUUUCAGUCCCAAAGCUGUAAUGGGAACUCUCUGUUUCUUCAGAUUCUGGCUUGGAUUUGGCAUUGGGGGUGAUUAUACUCUCUCCGCCACCAUUGUGUCUGAGUACGCUAACAAGAAGACUCGUGGGACUUUAAUCGCAGCAGUGUUUGCUAUGCAAGGUGUUGGCUAUGUCUUUGCCGGCCUAGUGUCGAUGAUUCUUUCAAGAAUUUUCCUCGAUAAGUACAAAGGGAUUCGAUUUUCGGAUGAUGAUAUUUUGUAUGCUGAGCCUGAGGCAGAUUAUGUUUGGAGAAUAGUUUUGAUGCUUGGAGCUCUUCCUGCAAUUCUCACAUUCUACUGGAGGAUGAAGAUGCCAGAGACGGGGCGAUACACAGCACUUAUCAAGGGUAAUGCUGAACUAGCAGCUUCUGAUAUGGGUAGAGUUCUUGACAUGGAAAUUCAAGCUGAUCAAGAAAAGUUAGCACAAUUCAAGGCAGCUAAUGAAUACCCUUUAUUGUCAAAGGAGUUCUUUCGACGCCAUGGCCGACACCUAAUUGGUACGACGACUACAUGGUUCUUGUUAGACAUAGCUUUCUCCAGCCAGCACCUGACUCAAAAGCACAUAUUUACUACAAUGAGACGAGCAAAUAUUAGCGCUCUGCAGGAAAUGUUCGAGACCUCGCGUGACAUGUUCUUCAUUGCCUUUCUGGGCUCCUUCCCUGGUUACUGGUUCACAGUAUAUUUCAUAGACAAAAUAGGCAGGUUCUGUAUCCAACUGGUGGGGUUUUUUAUGAUGUUCAAAUUCAUGCUUAUCAUCGGAAUAAGUUAUGAUUACAUGAAAAAGGAAAAUCACAAGUGGACGUUUGCUGCACUAUAUGGGCUGACAUUUUUCUUCUCCAGUUUUGGCCCCAACAGCACCACGUUUAUUCUUCCGGCAGAGCUAUUCCCGACAAGAUUUAGAUCCACUUGCCACUCACUGAGUGCAGUAUCAGGGAGGGCAGGGAGCAUGAUCGGCGUAUUUGGAGUGCAAAACUAUGUUAAAGAUGGAAAUGUUAACAAAAUUAAGAAAGCCAUUAUACUUUUGGCCUUCAUAAACCUGGUGGGUUUCUUCUGUACUUUACUGGUGAGGGAGACCAUGGGGCUGUCGCUGGAGGAGAUAUCCGGGGAGGACGGCAGCCUGAAUGAGACACAGAUGCCCACUCUGGCAGUUCGACGGACAACGAAUACAAUGCAACCUCAUGUGGUGCCACAAGAUUCUGCUUAG